AUGAAUAGUAAAAAUACAGUUGUUUAUGUCAAGAUUAAAGGUAAAAGACCAGAGGGGUUCGCAGAUCCUCCAAAAUUUGAGUGGAAUGGUACAAAGGAGGGUCAACUCUGGGCAAUGGUAUCGAAUUUGAAUUAUGCACAAGACCAAAUAGAUUGGCAAAACCUGUCAAAAAUACUUGAAACACCGGAAUUUUUUCUAAGAAAGAGGACGUAUAAGCUGUUUGCCAAACAUUUAGAGCUUUUACAGAUACAAUUAGAUAAGAAAAGGGAUCUUGAGAAGUUUUCAAAUGUUCAAGUAAAUGAAGGGAUGUUUGAUGUGUUACAUAAUUAUAUGCCUACUUUAAACGAUGGUAUUUUAACAAAUGUACCGACAAGCCCACCGGGUACGAAAAGGGAGACUUCGGAAGAACUCGACGCAGAAGUGACGAAAGAGGCUCUACAACAUUUGCAAACUUCUAAAAUUUUGAACAUUCACAAGUCAAAGUCAAGUAAUGAGAAGAACGUUGAAUCUAACUUAUCUAAAGAUGAUCUUGAGAAGGACUCAGACCGCGAUAGCUCAGAUGGCAACUUGUCUUCGAGUUUGAGCGUCAGUAAAUCUGCAUUAGAGGAAGCGUUAAUGGACAGGCUGCAAUUCUGA